GGGCGGCGGAGAGGUCGGGUAUAUGCUGUUGACUCUGCUGGAGAGGAUGGUCGUGGCGGCAGCCGUGUCUGCCGUUGUCCUUCGUUGUCAGCAGGAGAGGGCGUUGGGACGAAUGAAGGCGCAGCUGCGUGCGCAAAGGAGAAGGAUGCUGAUGCGAGCUGCACAUGACGGCCCCGAAUAUGUAGCGACUUCGGAGGCUGUGAUUCAGCUGUGUUGCGCGUUGGGUUGCGGCGACAUUCUGCGAGCAACGCCGAGGUGGUGGAUGAAACGCGCAGGAUCGGAGGGGCGUGAGAAGACCUUCGGCAAUGCGAGAAGCAGCAGAUCGACGAGGAGCAGCAUGGGGACCACCACAAGCAGUACAACGACGAGGAGCAGCAGAGGGAGCCUGCGGCAGAGGUCGGUCAUGAACGACACAGUGGACAGGGAAGCAAUGCCACGUCUGGAGAGCAGCAGAGGGAGCAGCAUAGGGACCACCAAAAGCAGCACAGCAACGAAGACCAGCAGAGGGAGUCUGCGGUACAGAUCGGUCACGACCGCUGCGGAUGUGACUCUAGCAUGGGAGACCGCAUCACGACGGUCAAAAUCGACGACGCUACCCGAUGGAGGCCCACCACCAAUGGUAACCGUUGGAGGCCGUUGGGGCCAGUGCCAUCAGGAUGACCUGCCUCAAAUCAGUGAUGGUGAGAAUGAUGAUGUAAAUGAUGAUGCUGACGAUAAUGAAUCAUUGGAAUCAUCUCAAAACGGUGAUGAUGAAGAUGAUGAUGAUGUCGACGAUGAUUAUGAUGAUGAUGAUGAUGACGACGAUGAUGAUGAUGAUGAUAAUGAUGAUGAUGAUGAUGAUGAUGAUGAUGAUGAUGAUGAUGAAGAGGACAAUGGUGAUAUGAGUUGUUGGAAUCAGUAGACCAGGGAAGAAAAGGAUCUUGGUGGUACAGUCUACUGGGAGAAGAAGAGAAGCAAAGACAGGAGAAUGGAUUCAAAGAUUUCAACGACAUGA